AGAGUUCCGAGCACUGUGGAAGGUGAAUUGUGCAGAGAGAAAAUCUCACGGCUUUGUGUGGUGGAUUUUCACUUUGGAACCCAAAUUGGGCCACACUCAGCAACUCGGCUGCAUCCUGGAGUGGAAAAGUGGCGCAGUGCGAUCGGAAAAGUGGCGGAAAUUGAUUUGGGAAGCUUGAGGAAUGCGUGGAUUGUCUGGUGAAUAGGAGAUUUCUCUGUUCAGUGCACUGUGGCAAAGAAGAUCUGCGAUUGUGUGUGUUGGCUGGAGAUUUUUUUUCUUCAAACAUUUCCAUUCGGAUUCUCUCUGUGCGGACGUCAUCAUGAUGAUGGUGUCUGAGGUGAGAGCAGAUUGUGGAGAAUGAAAAAAAGAGAGAGAAUCACAUGAAGUUUUGCUGUGCAAGUGAAGUCAAUGGUUUCGUGGAUUCAGUGAAUAUAUAAAGUGGAAUAAGUCACUUGGAAAGCGCGCGGCGGCUGGGCAGAAAAGGUGUUUUGCUCUGAAGGAGAGUUGGAAAGGCAGCAACAGAAACUUGAGCAGAAAGCGGCCAAUUCAACGCGUCCGGACAACUCUGGAUGGAUGACGGAAUGACGAGGCUCCAUGGAAUCGCCAGCGGAACAUGAGUCGUGAUGCCGAAAGUUUGCCCACGUGGCGGUUAUGGGGUGAGGAGCGCGAGAAGGAUGCCAUUUUCACGGUGUAUCUCAAGAAGGUGCGCUACCAUCGGCCCACGCCCAGCGCGAGCAGCCAAGACUCCGAUGACGAUAUCUCGCACCUGGAGUGGGAAACGGUGCGUGUGCGCUUCAUAAAGGCCGCCACUCUUCCGCGCCUCGUGGAGGCUCUGGCCACUGACGAUGGCGAGCUGGAGAGCACCUUCAUCAAUGUCUUCAUGGCCACUUAUCGCACCUUCGCGCAGCCCGAGAAGGUGCUGGAGUUGUUGCUGGCGCGCUACGAGCGCCUGCACGCUGAGCCGCUGCACUCGGACGCCGUGUCGGCGGAGCACAAGAAGAGCCUCGUAUCGGCGCUGCACGUGUGGUUGGAUGGAUACCCGGAGGACUGGGAGGCCAGCAAUCUGCAGCGCCUGCUCACGUUCACGGCCAAGCGGCUGCCCAACUCGGAGGUGCACAUGAAAGCGGCGCUGCGACUGGACAGGCUGAGUCGUCUGAAGAGCCACCAGCAGAUCCGGUCGUGGUCGUCGCAGGACGGUCUGGACCUCACGGACCAGUUCGGCACGCUGUGCCUCACGCCCGCCUUCCGCGUGCCGCAGCUGCACAUCCUGCACUCGUACAGAUUCCCGCAUGUGCCCGUGAAGCACUUCGCGGAGCAACUCACUCGGAUGGAUAUGGAAUUGUUCAAGCGUCUGGUGCCACACCAGUGCCUCGGAGCGAUUUGGUCACGAAAGGACAAGCAUGAGGCGAACACUGUGUUGGCCACAGUCACUCAAUUCAAUGCUGUAUCGUUUCGUGUCAUCUCGAGUGUUCUAGUCGAACCCAGACUGAAACCGCAGGAGCGCGCUCUGAUCAUCGCCACGUGGAUUGACAUCGCACAGGAGCUGCGGAUUCUCAAGAACUUCUCCUCGCUGAAGGCGAUUGUGUCCGGGCUGCAGUCCAACGCGAUCUACCGUCUGUCCAAGACGUGGGCGGCGCUCGUGCGUGAGAAGCUGGAGUUGUUCAAUGAGCUGGCGCGCAUCUUCUCGGAGGACAACAAUGCGUGCGCCCAGCGUGAGGUGCUGAUGCGCGAGGGCACGGCCAAGUUCGCGGACACGGCGGGCCAGAAUGAUCGGCACCUGCAGAAGGUGUUCCAGAAACAGAACACACACAUCAGCCACGGCACCAUUCCGUACCUCGGCACCUUCCUCACGGACCUCACGAUGAUUCACGCUGCCAUUCCCGACACCAUCGCCGACGGCCUGAUCAACUUCGACAAGCGCCGCAAGGAGUUCGAGGUGCUGGCGCAGAUCAAGCUGCUGCAGGGCGCCGCCAAUGCAUAUCACCUGCCCGAGGACGCGCUCUUCGAUCGCUGGUUUGCCUCGCUGCUGGUGCUCGACGAGAAGGAGGCGCACAAUCUGUCGUGCAUCCUGGAGCCGCCCACGGAGACGAAGAAGGCGUCGCAGGGCCACAAGAAGAGCGAUUCCAUCGCCUCCAACUCAAGCUCAGGAGCAGGAUCCCAGUUCUACUGUGAUUUCAACAACUCCACGCCAAGUUCCCGCAACAACUCCUUGGACAGAGAUGCGACGCCGCCGAACGCGUCGAUAAUGUCGGCCGCCAGCAGCACGUCGUCGCUGUCACUGGAGUCGUCGAGCACGUCGAGUGGGCAGCAGAAGAACCAGUCAAGCCAAACCAAAGCCUCUCACAUAAAUGCGCAGCUGGUGCAGAACUCGCCCAUGAAGAAUCCCUCGCCGGACUUCUACAUCAUCCGCGUGACGUACGAGACGGAGAACGUGGAGCUGGACGGCAUCGUGCUGUACAAGAGUAUUAUGCUGGGCAACAACGAGCGCACGCCGCAAGUCAUCCGCAACGCCAUGAUGAAGCUGACGCUCGAGGGCGACCCGGACAAGUACACGCUGGCGCAGGUGCUGCCGGAUCGUGAGCUCGUGAUGCCCGCCAGCGCGAACGUGUACUACGCCGUGAACACGGCGCACAACCUCAACUUCAUCUUGCGCCCGAAAAAGGACGACAGCGCCUGACUUCCGGCGCUGUCUUAAAGUACUUAAAGCGGACUUUCCUUCGCGCGCGCGCGCGAAAGGAGGAAAUACUCAAAGUGCAAAGUGACAAAUUAAUGACUAAUGCAACAAUGAAGUUAAUAUAUCUUAAGUAGACACACAAGACAGCAUUGCACGCCUCUUAACAGUUGUUAUCUCUUUUUGUAUAGACACUUAUUUAUGACAAAUUUUUUUUUAAUAAUAUACAAUUUGUACUUUUUACUCUCGAGUGGAGAGAGAGAGAGAGAAAAAAAUGCGAAGAAAAGCGCCACGUUUCCUUUGUAGAUAUUUGUAAUGAUAGCGCGCGAAUGAAUCUCGUGGAGAGGAAAGAAAAUAUGAAAAAUGACUUUUAUUCUUCCACUUCAUUUCCGCCAUCAAUAAUGGGCGGAUUGUUACUGGGUCAAACAGUCUCCCUCCGUCUACAAGAUGCUUUCAUCACGU